AUUUCGCCCCAUUAUCGCACCGACUGUUCGUCCGUCCGCAUUCAAGUCACCGAAAUCUGAAAACGAAAUAAUACGUUUGUCGCAUACAUCGUUACGCAUACCGCCACCGUUGCCGUUUCGUAUCUUCCAUAUCGCUGCAGUAACAAACGAUACUAAUAUUAUAUAAAAUGCGUUUCGCAAGUUGUGCCGUGUUGGCCUUGUUGCCGUUCUGCUUGCACGCCGCCGUCGUCGUGUCCAGCGAUAGCAACUACCUGGAGCAACAACAGAAGCCUGUGGAGUCAACUGGAAACGGAAACUGGGCGAUGGUCACCAGGAUGGCCGAUGAGUGUGCCAAGGAUGCGGAUACAGCAGCCUGCGUGGCCGUCAAAGCAGCAGCUGCCCUGGAAAGAGCCGCCCGAGCCACCGGUCCCGUGCAAGUGUUGCCUGGUCUUACCGUAAUGAAGAACACCGAUGAAGGAUCUUCGUCGCAACGGGAUUCACGUGCCCUGCCCACCGAGGACGAGCUCCGCGGGCAACUGCAACAGCAGCCGUCGAAGGUCACCGACAUGGUCGUCAACUCAGCCAUCAGAUUCCUCCAGUCCAGGACCCUGCAGCUCAAGUUCCCGCAAACCAACCCCGAAGAGCUGUCCCGGGCUAUUGAAGAAGGUCGUGGCAAACUCAAGAAGAAGAUGUUGCCCAUCCUUGGAUUCCUGGCCGUCAAAAUCGUUGCCGUGUUGCCAAUCCUUUUGGGAAUCAUUGGAUUUUUCGCACUCAAGGCGUUGGUAUUCGGCAAGUUGGCCCUGCUCAUCGCCGGUGUGAUGGCAUUCCAGAAGUACGCUGGCGCAUCCGGUGGUUUCGGCAAGAUCGCAGACACAUGGAGUGCCGGUAACGUUCAGGCCGCCCCAUGGGCCGCAUCCGCCGCCCCCAGCACCAACGGUGGUGGUUACUACAGACGUAGCAUGCAGGAGGCCCAACAGAUGGCGUACAACGGACAAGUACAACCGUCCGCCCAGACUGUCGCGUAAUACUAUUUACUACCCCGUAUAAACAUGUAACAUCAUUUUAGCGUUACCACAAAUCGUAGUAUCCAAAAUUUUUUUCUCUCUCUCAAUCGGACCGAUGAGUUUUAAUAUUAUUUAUAACAACUAUAUACGCGUAACUGUGUAAGCCCUUUUAUUAUUACUAUUUUUUUUUUUUUUUUUUACUGUUUUUGUAUUCUCGCACAACAGUUAUUAGAUUCAAAUCGGACGGUGUGACAUCUGCAUGUUUAAUAUUAACAUGCGAACGUCUCUAUCGUCGGGAGUCGGCAUACACUGUGUACGCCGACUCACGACGUGGAUGCGCUCGCAAUACUCGGUAUUAGAUUAUUGUUGCUCUCCGAUAGCCGAGUAACUUUUUGCCAUAUUAGUCUUUAGUUUUCAUGAAAAAAGACUUAUAACCCAAUAUUAUUACCACGAAAAAGGCAUCUGACGAAAAGUUACCGGCUCGUGUUUAGCCAACGUGGCUGAUUUUUUUCAAACACAAAAAUAAUUAGAUUAUUACCUGUAAACUCUAAGAGUUAAUAUAUAAUAAUAUCAUAAAUUAUUUUAUUUUUUUUUUAAGUUUGAAUAAGUCAUCGAUUUAUUAACAUAAUAUUACUAUAACAAUACAUAGAAUUACGUUACAUGCCAAAAUUUAAACAAAAAUGUGUCAUUGUAAAUAUUAAAUACACAUUUAAUGAUAAUAAUAAUAUUAUAAUAUAUAAAAUCAA